CCAGCUGCUUCGGCUCCAGCGUAUGUUUUGCUUUAUUAACAGAUACACAGUUGACUACAGGUAUAAUUCUCGAUUAGCGGUAUUAGCGCGCGGAGAGUUGUUGAUGCGGGGACUGAACAGCCCUCCGAGACACCAGGCGGUCCGCGGCGGAAAAGGAGGACUCCGCCUCCCGUCACUUCGUCGACUCUCGGCCCACGGUGACAUGUCUUUCCUCGGGGUAGGACCAACCCAACAUAUCUGUUCCCCUACAAUGGGCUGCGGGAGCUCGGCUCGACUCGGAGAAUCCCCGCACAGCUGCUCGUUGAGCCGCAGAUAGGACCGACGCGUCUCACCGAGUCAAUGACGGUGGCCUGUCCGCUUUUGAGCUGCGCUUCCCGGCCCGGUGUCUGGCAGUCCGCCGUGCACAGUGCGCGUAUGCAGCCGGAGUAAAAGAGGAGAAGAAGAAAAGUCCUUCGUGAAACACUUCAGAUGUUGAAAGCCAGACGUCGUGGCACUGCGUCGGGUUCUUCAUACUUCCGCUGAGCGGAUGGAGUGAAUUGUGCACACACAAAAAAAGGGUGAAAGAAGCCAGACCGCAGUUCGGUUGCGUGUGAUGAUAGGAGACACAAUGACGCUCUUGUCUCUUCUGGGUCGGAUCAUGCGUUAUUUCCUCCUCAGGCCGGAGACGUUGUUCCUGCUGUGCAUCAGCCUGGCGCUGUGGAGCUACUUCUUCCACACGGACGAGGUGAAAACCAUCGUCAAGUCCAGCCGCGACGCCGUGAAGAUGGUGAAGGGGAAAGUAGCGGAGAUGAUGCAGAACGACCGGCUGGGAGGCCUCAGCGUCCUGGACGCGGAGUUCUCCAAGACCUGGGAGUUCAAGAACAACAACGUCGCCGUGUACUCCAUCCAGGGGAGGCGGGAUCACAUGGAGGACCGCUUCGAGGUGCUCACCGACAUCGCCAACAAGAGCCACCCGUCCAUAUUCGGGAUAUUUGACGGCCACGGGGGAGAGGCGGCGGCCGACUAUGUGAAGGCCCACCUGCCGGACUCCCUGAAGCAGCAGCUGCAGGCCUUCGAGAGAGAGAAGAGAGACGGCACUCUGUCUCACGGCAGCAUCCUCGAGCAGCGCAUCCUGAACGUGGAUCGUGAGAUACUGGACAAGCUCUCUGCCAACCACAAUGAAGCAGGAACGACAUGCUUAGUGGCCCUGCUUUCGGACAGAGAGCUCACAGUGGCCAACGUCGGAGACUCUCGCGGCGUGUUGUGUGACAAAGACGGAAACGCUGUUGCGCUGUCGCACGACCACAAGCCGUACCAGCUGAAGGAGCGCAAGAGGAUCAAGAGGGCAGGAGGUUUCAUCAGUUUUAAUGGAUCCUGGAGAGUCCAGGGGAUCCUGGCUAUGUCUCGCUCUCUCGGGGACUACCCACUUAAAAACCUCAAUGUAGUCAUCCCCGACCCCGAUAUCAUGACCUUUGACAUGGACAAGCUGAAGCCAGAGUUCAUGAUCCUGGCCUCAGACGGCCUGUGGGACGCGUUCAGCAACGAGGAGGCCGUCCGGUUCGUCCGCGAGCGUCUGGACGAGCCUCACUUCGGCGCCAAGAGCAUCGUCCUCCAGUCAUUCUACCGCGGCUGCCCCGACAACAUCACUGUCAUGGUGGUGAAGUUCAAAAGUGGAGCCGGGGGGAGCAGCAAGCCGGCGGAGUAGGUCAGGGUUCAGUUUCAAGCUCACAUCGUGAUCAAUGUCUUCAAAGGCUUUUCACAUCUUCUGGUUGGAGCAGUGAGAGUGAUGUCACAGGAGGACUGGAGGAAGUUGAUGUGUGGAUACUGAGAACUAAACAAGUGCAUACACAUACAGACACACAUGAACAAACAUUUUUUAAACCAAAUGUUUUUUUUUCUUCAGGGUUUUUAUUUGACAUAAGGGCAUUUGAACACAACACAUCUCAAAACCAUCGUUUCAAUUGAUGAUGAAUGCAUAAAAUACUGAAAAAAGUGGAUAUUCAUGAACACACAGAGACACCAGACAGGGGAUUUCUCUUAACCAGCACACAUUCGACUGAGUGAAUUACUCCUGUUUGCUGUACAUGCACAUACGUGGUACAGCUCCACUGGAGGCUUCUUCAACUAGUGCCUACUUAAGAAUCACUGUGCAGGAAGCUACUCGAAAUGCAUUUGCGAUUACGCUGACGCCUGUCACAGUUUUGACCUGGAAAAUGUCAAAUACAAAAAGACUCCAGUGGAUCCAUACCUUUGUAUUGAACUUUAAGUAAUGCUGCACCGAAAAUCUCUAACUCUGGAGUACCAAACACUCAACGCCUGCAGACAUAGUUUCACCCUCUGCUGCAAUCAGCUUGAAACUGUGUCACAGGGGAAAAAAGUUGCAUGAAUAUGAAUUUAAACAGCAAGAGCGCCGAUUGGCCAGCUGCUGUUUUGGUAGAACUCUCAUCUCAGCUCCCACCGAUGCUCAGUGAGUUGGAUUUUGGUCAUUUUAGAUAUGCGAUUUAAUUUAACAGCAAGUUUAUCCCUUUAAAGAUGAAAGUAAACAGAAUUAGUAAUACACAUUUUUACUCGAGUUUUUUUAAUGUAGAUUUCAUCAAUUAAUUUAUACCUAGAAUAACUUUAAGUUGAUCAAUUUAUUAUUUAUAAUUUUACAGACACGAUUCAUCCAUGUAAGUCGGAUGUAUCUGUUUGAUGUUUGCGGUAGCCAACCAGUGAACUGCGUUAGGAAGUUGAACCAAUGAAUGAGCUGAGGGUUGGUCAUGCGGCUUUUGUCAUUGAAGGCUGUAACUGCAAAAUUGUAAUUGCACUUUUCAAGUGUAGACUCAGAAGAGAGAUUAUGGGUGGAGUAUUACUUCAACGUACAACACAUACACUUAAACGGUUAUGUCAACAACAACAACAAAAACACCUUUUAUGUUUAUUUUUUAGAAUGGAGAAUUCUUACAUAUAUCAGCCAAUGUCAACGCUGUAUAUCCUCAGUAAGACGAGAGGGUUUCAAUACACGUAGAACCUGAUUUAGUUCCUGACCUCCACUUCUUGGUACAGUUUUAUGGAGCUAAAGUGAAGCGUUCCAUCAAAGUAGUUUCACUCCAUCUGUAUCAGGGCAUGUGCUUCCGCUUAUCUUAUGUUCAUGAACAAAGUGCAUACAAUGUUACCAUGGACACUGAUGCCUGCCUUUGACCUGGGAAGUGCACGAAACAGGAAGUGCAACCCACACACAUCCAAAAAAGGACUUAAGAGGUUUCACAUUGUGAAUUUCCCAACCGGAAUGCGAGUAGCUAUAUGAUAUGCUCCUGCAGCAAUACGACGACAACAACAACCUGUCGAGCAAUGUUACAGUAAAACUUGAUGUGCUGCUGUUUCCUGUUUACCAACGUGUUUAAUGACCUGAGAGAUGCCUUCUUUUGUUUGUUUAAUAGUUUACCGAAUGCCUUAUUUAUUGUUGAGAGUUUGGGUGUGUCUGUCGAUUGCCAAAUCAGUACACUGUAUAAUAUAUUUCUGGCGCUUCUUUAUAUUACCCAUCACUUUUUGUUGAAAGGCAGUUGACACGUGUUGAGCCGAUGCUGUGAAAAGAAGGAAGUGUACAAAUAAAUCUUUAUGUAAACUAUCAGUAAUAAACUCUUUCUUCUUCAAUGCAUUUUCA